GCCGCCGAAUAGAUUCCAGUUUAUUCCUUUAGGAAACCCAACUGUCACACGCGUAUCCUCACACAUACCCCACAAUGGAUGACACCAUGGAUAUAGACUCUGACCCGGAAAACAUCAUCGAUGAACAACGUCUUUGCAGGCUCUGCGCAGGAAUCAGUGCUGACGCUCUGGUCUCACCGCAAGGCUACGCCCAUGCCACGAGCCCCGAGGAUCUUGCCAACACGAGCGGAGAUUGCGAUCUGUGCAAUAUCCUUCGGGCUGAAGUCAUGCCGCACACCGUCAGCACAUUCAACACCUAUGAUUAUGGCACGUUCCAAAAUCUCCGACUGGGGCUUAACCCCCAGGAAUCUAGACAUGAGAGUGACAGCAAUGCGCUUAUAGCCACCAUUGAUACUCCUGGCAUAUUCCGUAAGAGUCUUGAAAUCAUCUAUGUCUGGACUCCCUGCGGGGACCCGGCGAGUAGCCAUGGAAUUCCGAUGCUGAAUACGGACCUAACCAGCACCAAAUCCCCACAGACAUUUCAGUUCAUUCAAUCGUGUCUUGACGAGUGUAGCAGACAUGACUGCACAGUGCCUCUACAGCCAGGUAGUGCGCAAACAACCCCUUCAAGGCUUGUCGAUGUUGGCGGUGCGAGUGUCCGCCUUGUUGAGACAGGCCAAACUUGCCCACCAUACAUAGCAUUGAGUCAUUGUUGGGGCAGCAAUCUGGAAACAUAUAAGACUACAUCUAUCAACUUGGCACAAAAAAAGGCGGCUAUUUACCCCCAAGAUCUAACACCAACAUUCCAGGACGCCAUUAAAAUAACUCGCGAUUUGGGAGUACGCUAUAUCUGGAUUGAUGCUCUCUGUAUCGUACAGGACUCCAAGGAAGAAUGGGCGCACGAAUCUGUCAAGAUGGGUGACAUCUACCAGAACGCAUUCCUGACUAUUUCGGCAAGCCAUGCUCGCGAUGGAUUUGGAGGCUGCUUUAACGACAAAAGCGUCAUUGGUCUGGGCGAGACGUCCAUCGCCAUCACCACGCAAACCAAGUUCGGCCAGAAAUCAUCCAUUAUUAUGACGUCCUCGUUGCCGAGUGGACCACCGCGGGUAGUGGAAAACAGCCCUAUCAACAGUCGGGGAUGGGUCUAUCAGGAGCGUAUCUUGUCACCACGCAUCAUCCACUUCACCUCAACUCAAGCAAUAUGGGAAUGUCGAAAGGCGUAUCAGUUAGAAAGCCUUCGGCCACUGACUGUACCAACAACACCAUCUCUGAUCCGUCGCAAGAACAUUCUGGACAGUGUGGCGGCCGUUGAAGACUGGCACCAGGAGAUUGUUAAAGGGUACUGUGAGCGCCGAUUUACCAAGUACGAAGACCGUCUAGUAGCCCUCUCUGGUAUCGCUCAGAUUUAUCAGAAUUAUACAAAAGAUCGAUACAUCGCGGGCCUGUGGGCGUCUCACCUUGCUUAUGGCCUCAGCUGGGGACAUGAGAGGCGCCCAGACUCUCCAAAAUCCCCAAACCGUCGCCACCCUAGUUGGAGCUGGGCAUCUCACGAUGGUUAUAUAUCGUGGAGACACCUAUCUGGCUUCUCACCAGAUGUAGAAUUUUCUUUUGUCAGUGAGAAUCUCGACUUUUACCAAACGUGGAGGAAAGAAUUUAGCGCUAUCAAGGGAGGUUACAUAACUAUCAAGGGGCGUUCGACACAGGUUACCCAGUUUGGGGAUCGAGAAAUUUCAGCAUUUAGCGACGUGGCCUUGCAGAUGGGGACUCUGAGUGGCAGGUUUUGGGCUGACAAUCCAGCUGCGACGCGAGAGCUCUCACAGAAACUACCCAACAUUAUCGCCCUCGCAUUGGGUCACAUCCAGACGCUUUCAUCGAGCAGCCUCGUUCUUAUACUUGUGGCAAAUGAAACUCAGGGUACGGGAUAUUUGAGAGUUGGCUACGGCAUAGCUUGGUUUGACACGCCAAGUGAUCGUGUGGCGUUUUGGGAUAGUUGCGCAACUCAAAUACUUAAGCUGUUCUAGGUCUGUCGACACUGCGGCAGUUUGCACGGCCAUACCUG